GUGCGCAUGCGCAGGUAGUGUUUGUCCUGCUGCGCUGCAGUAAAUCAGAGAUUUUCCCUCUGAAGAAUAAAUCAGCUUUAAUUCAGUGUUUCUGUGCUGCACGGCUCCGGUACGAUGGCAGUUCCACCAGUUUACUCCGACCUGGGAAAACCAGCGAAGGACAUUUUCAGUAAAGGCUACGGUUUUGGAAUUGUGAAGUUGGACCUGAAGACCAAAUCUCAGAAUGGAGUGGAGUUUAACACCUCCGGCUCCACCAACACGGACACGGGGAAGGCCAGCGGGAGCCUGGAGACCAAGUAUAAGAUGAAGGAUUUGGGUCUGAGCCUCAAUCAGAAGUGGAACACAGACAAUACCCUGACUACAGAAAUCUCAGUGGAGGAUCAGCUGGCUCAAGGUUUGAAAGUAUCUCUGGACACGUCCUUCGUACCGAACACAGGUAAGAAGAGUGGUAAACUGAAGAGCGGAUAUAAGCGGGAUUAUGUGAACGUGUCCUGUGAUGUGGAUUUGGAGGGUCCGGUGGUCCACUCCGCCGCGGUUCUGGGGUACGAGGGGUGGCUGGCGGGGUAUCAGAUGGCGUUCGACACGGCAAAAAACAAACUGAUCCAGAACAACUUCGCUCUCGGAUACAAAACCGGAGACUUCCAGCUGCACACCAACGUUAAUGACGGGACGGAGUUCGGGGGGUCGGUGUAUCAUAAGGUGAAUGAUCAGCUGGAGACGGCGGUGACUCUGGCCUGGACCGCCGGCAGCAACAACACUCGCUUCGGAGUCGCCGCCAAAUACCAGCUGGACCCUGACGCCUCUCUGUCUGCCAAAGUGAACAACGCCAGUCUGAUUGGAGUUGGUUAUACUCAGAGUCUGCGACCAGGAGUGAAGCUGACGCUCUCAGCGCUGGUUGAUGGGAAGAACUUCAACACCGGAGGUCAUAAAGUGGGACUGGGAUUUGAACUGGAAGCCUAGUUUAGUUUAGUUUAGUUUACUAAAAGAACCCCGAUCCCACCGGUACUCACCCUCCUCCUACACUGCCCCCUGUAGGCCAGCACUUCAGAGUCACAUGGCAUUAUUAAAAAAAGAGGAACACAGAAAGGGAUGAUGAUGAUUGGUGGUUCAUCACGUUACACUUCCUAUACGAGUUCUUUACACGGUGAUGUGAUGAUAAACAGUCCAGCAGGGGUGGGAACAUGUUGAGGCUCAGGUUAGUCUGUAAUAAUGGCAAUAAUUAUAUAAUGAAUUAGUUUAGGGGGGAAAGUCUGUGAUUUAUUCUGUAAUUAACAUUGUGUAAUUGUGAUCUGAUCUACGGCUAAUGCUAAUGCUGCUCCAGUCUCGGUGCUGAAGAAACUUCACUGAAUCUCCUGUAUAACUCUGUACUUCAGUGGAGUGUCUUUACUGCUCCUUAAUACCUGACUGAUAGAAUUCAUACAUGAGGAGCACCGGAUUAUAAGCAGCUCUGAUGAUUUGGGGGAAAAUUAAAAGAUUUUAAGUGCGACUUACAGUGCGAAAAAUACGUAAUUGGUUAAUUGGCCUUCCAAGUUUGAUCGAAAAAAGGAAAAUGACAAAUAAAUGACUUUUUAAGAAGGUAAUUUACUUAAAAAAAAAAAGUUUUGAUCAGUAGUGCUUUCAUAGUUUUAUUUUAUGACCUAAAAUCACACUCGGUUACUCUGUUUUUAAUAUAAUAUAUAUAUAUUAUACAUGCUUUAAUUAUCUGAAAUUGGACUUUUUCCCCUCAGUAAUGUGUAACACCAUAUUCAUUCUAAUAAUUGUGAUAAUGAUCAGAUCAUAUUUUCGGAAGCGAUCACAGGCCUUUCCCCCACAGCUAUAAACACCUCAGCCCUGCCCACGUUCUGUCUGAUCACUGAAGAUCUCACUGCAGAACGCAGGGUAACGCCUGUCUAUCUGUCUAUCUGUCUGUCUCUCUGCGGGUCUGCGGUCUCACUGUGGGUAUGUGCACAUCAUCACUGUACUGCAGGGGGAUUUCAGCAUGAGCAGCUCCUAAAGUCACAUAGAACCAGAACUUAAAAUAUGCAUCUUUAGAUCUGAUUAUAAUAAACACACUAGAGUAGCAGAAUAAAUUCCUGCAAUAAACUCAGUGCUGUUAUUUAGAUCAGCUGAUGUCCAAAACUACAACACUGUUCUGGGUUACUUUGUGUUAAAUAUAUAUUAUUAAACAUUAUUGUGUUUAAUAACCAUUAUUUAACUUCUUCUUCAUAUUAUUAUUAUUAUAAUAAGUCAUCAUAUUGUUAUUGUUUGAUUAUUUAUUCAUUAUUUAUUAGUUAUUAUUAUAUUAGUUAUAUAUUAGUUAUUAUACUAUGCAGUAGAGAGGCUUGAUUGUUGUGUUUAGACAGAACCUCAUUUUUCCACCUGCAGUUAAUAAAGAAAUUCUAAUAAAGAAUUUAUAAAAGAUAAAA